AGCCCGCACGGAAACGACCGCCACCUCCCCGGCACCCGGCGCUGAGCGGCCCCGAGGCGGGGUUUGGCGGCUCCGCGCCCCGCUCCGCGCCCCAAGCCCCGCUCCGCGCCCCGCUCCGCGCCCCAAGCCCCGCUCCGCGCCCCAAGCCCCGCUCCGCGCCCCAAGCCCCAAGCCCCAAGCUCCGCGCCCCGCUCCGCGCCGCUCCGCGAUGCCGGCGCUGCUGGCGCUGCUGGCGGCCGCGCUGCUGGCGCUGCUCGGGGUGCGGAGGGCGGGCGGCCCCGGAGCCUGGACCCCGCUGAAGCGCUGGGCCCUGGGCUGGCUCCUGCUGUUCCACAGCGCCUGGAGGCAGCGGGCGGCCGGCGCAGGUUCCGCCGAGCCCCGGCGGCCCCGCCUGCUCCGCCACGACCCCCACGCUCUUGAUUCGGUUUACUUCACGGGCUUUGCAGAGACCAACAAGACCUUCCUGAUCACUCGUCUUGCCAAACGUCCCAAUGGGAUGUGUGAGAUGUGGCUCUUCCUGAGGGUGGAUGGAAUAGGAGAGUUUGAACACCCACAACAUCCAAACAUGAUGGUGAGUGAUGAAUCUGAAGACAUUUGGAGUGGAGGAGGGCUCACUAUUGAAUACUUAGAGCCCCAAACACGCUGGAAAAUAAGCUUUGAUGGAUUACUCAGAAAAGGACCCUACCGACAGCAGUGGAGUGAAGAGGAAGGUGAACUAGUCCCAGUUAAAUUCUCUUUACACUGGGAGAACUUCACAGAAGUCUUUAACUUUAAUGUUGACAGCCACCCCAGCACAUUUGCACGCGCUUUUGCCCAGGAACUGUGGACCAUCGAGUUCUUCCAGAGGGUCAAAAACCAAAGGGAACAGCACUUCCGACACGAGCAGUGGGGCCAGUCUGUUGGAGAAAUUGAACUGGAAAACCAAGAGAAGACUGAACUUUCCCUGAAAGGCGUUCGGAGCCACUCUUAUGGUGUCCGGAACUGGGCUGAGAUUUCCCGUUACGUGAUGAUUUUGGCACACUUUGAGGAUGGGACUGCAUCACAUUUAACAGUUAUUAAUAUGCCAGCUACCACCACCAACCUCACUGUGGGUUAUGUCUUUUUCCCUGACGGGAGGAAGGCUGGCAUCGAGUGGUCCAACGCCUCGCUGGCCGAGAUGGCUGCUGAUGGUGUCAUCAAGGAUGAGCAUGGAGUCAGUUUUACUGCUGGUGGCAAGUACUUCGAUGUCUGUGCGAGGCUGGAGAAGCAGGCCUGCCCCGUGGUGUACAACGGCCUGACUGGGAGCGGGGUUUUCCACGAGUGCAUUGCAGAAUUCCAACUGAACGGGCUGACACGAGGCUGGGGCUUGGUUGAGUUUUAUUACAGGGAUGAAGCUACACAGCUGGUUCCAAAUUUGCAGCUCGGUUCAAAAGCUGAAGGACCUGACUUUUCCUCCUGGCACCCUGCAACCAACAGCUCUCCCCCAUGAGUGUUUGCAAGCUUGUCCCAGUGACAUUAACAAGCAGAAGCUUUCAAAAAAAUAUGCUAUUCUCUGCAAAAUGCACAGUUUUGAGUGUGGAACUCAUGGUCAGAGGAUGCUGCGGAGGCUGAUGGUAUAAAAGGAUUUGGAAAGAAAAGAGAUCGAUGCACAGCUCUUGGUGGUUGAGAACUGUGAGGGUCUGGAGGCAAUUUAACAGCAGGUUGCUGGAGGAGGGCACUGGGAGGGAUUGCUCCAUGCUCUGUCUUUUGGUGUUUUCCCUAAGCUGCCAGCUGCUCCCCGCUGUGAAGACCAGGAGACUGGGUUACAUGGAUCUCUGACCCAAUUCAGCAGUACCUCUGUACUUUCAGGUUUGUUUCUGAAAUAAAAGCUCUGUCUUCCUGAA